GGCUCGCGAUGUACAUUACGUCGUGAUUCCGCUCAAGUUUGUUUAUCGCGACAGUUCUCGUGGCAAGAACCGAUUCCGUGGGUUUCCGGUUCGAAAGUGGCCGAACGCGAACGCGUUCUCGCGGUGAGAAAUUCGCCGCGAAUGUAACGAAUUCGCCGCCACGGUUCGUGAAAUCGACGCGGUCGGGUCUUAUUGACAGUUCCCGUGUUCAGGUAGCAGUAGCUCGAGUGCCCGUGAGAAGUGUCGUUACCAUCGCCACUUCAGCAACUUUUUCAGAGCCGGUUGUCCUAAUGACGUCGCGUAUGUGAUAGAACGAUACCAAAGGAGCCUUUGUCGACACGGGGACGGCGACCCCACUUUCUUCUCUUUCUUUCUCUGACGCGCAUCGAAAGCGUCCGAGAUAAAAUGGCGGAGGAUGGAGCAGGAGGGUCAGGGAACAGCAGCUCCGGUGAGGCGAGUCGGCUGCAGCUUUUGCAAGAGAUGCGACAGCAAAAUUUCGACAGUAUUCGAUUUGCAUCGUACCGCACCGCUUGCAAGUUGAGAUUCAUCCAGAAGAAGGUCCACUUGCAUAACGUCGACAUAUGGAAUGUAAUUGAGGCGUUCCGAGAAAACGGUUUAAACACAUUGGAGCCAUCGAGCACGCUGGGGGUAUCCAGGCUCGAAACUUUACUGUCUUCCUUAUUUCAUGCCCUUAAUAAACGAGUACCCGUUUCGCAACAAGCCAAAGUCGAUGCCACAACAGCUCUGCUGAUGAAUUGGUUGCUUGCUGCAUAUACUACAGGGGAGAACAAUAAAAUAUCGGUGUUCUCGGUGAAAGUGGCGUUGGCCACGUUGUGCGCUGGGAAAUUGAUGGACAAAUUUCGCUAUAUAUACUCGCAAAUAUCAGACGGAAAUGGGCACAUGAUACAUUGGAGGUUCGCCGAAUAUUUGAAAGAAGUUCUGGCGUUAACUGCUGCGGUUUACGAGUCGCCGUCUUUCGGAUACACGGAAGGCCUUGCCAGUUCAAUAUUCCCCCAAAACUCGAGAGUCACGGUUAACGAUUUUUUGGACACGCUUAUGUCUGAUCCAGGACCGCACUGUUUAAUCUGGCUACCAUUGUACCACAGAAUGGCUGCUGUUGAGAACGUGGCUCAUCCGGUAAUGUGCGACGCGUGCCACAAAGAGAACUUCACCGGGUUCCGAUACAGAUGUCAGAAAUGCCACUCGUAUCAGCUCUGCCAAGACUGUUUUUGGCGCGGCAAAGUUUCCGGGACGCAUAAUAACGAUCACGAAACGAGGGAGUACAGUAGUUUUAAAUCGCCCAGCAAGCAAAUUGGACAUUCGUUGCGGAAAAGCUUCAGAUGCGUACCUGAGAAGGGGAAGAAUAGUUUACCAAGAUUCCCCGAGCAACCUGAGAAAACGUUAGAUUUGUCACACAUAGUCCCACCGUCGCCAUUACCGUCUCACAACGGUUUCCCAGAUCCAGGAUUUAUGGCUCCCUUCGAUUCUGGAUCCAUGGACAGCCGUUCUACCUUGAGGAGUAUGGAUAGUUCAAGACUGGAUGAUGAACAUAAAUUAAUAGCACGAUACGCACAAAGGUUGGCUCAGGAAGCUAGGACCAUGCCUCGUGCCGCAUCCAGAAUGUCACAAGCUGACCAAGCAGGUAGGGCGCCGUCUGAUGCAAAUUUAGCAUCCUUAGAUGCCUCGAGGGCACAACGUGAACUUAUUUCGCAGUUGGAGGCAAAGAACAAGGAAAUAAUGCGCGAGAUUGCAAGGUUAAGGAGACAGCAAGAAAUAGAAGCAGCUGGAUUAGAAAAUCCUGCAUUAAUGUCAGAGCUGAGAGCUCUGAGGCAAAGAAAAGACGAGCUUGAAAGUCAUUUGGCGUCGUUGCAAGAUUCUAGAAAACAAUUAAUGAUACAGCUAGAAAGUUUAAUGAAAAUGUUAAAGAAUCAUCAGGCGUCGCCAAGAUCGACGCCAAACAGCUCACCGCGGAGUACAAAGUCGCCUCCCUUACCACCUGGUGCUGUUCCCAGCAGUAGAUCUGCACCGCCAACCCCAGGUGGUCCACUGUCCACAACACCGCAACAACAACAGCAACAAUCGCAAAGCCAACAGCAGAUGUCUCAAAGCUACCAGAGUUCCGUUCCAACAACGUCAGUAGCAAAUGUACCGAGUAAUGCUAUGCUUGGAACGAUACAAAAUCCUAUUCCAGAUAACUUGUCGUGCGUUGGAGGUGAUGUAAGGUCUGCGUUCAGGACAAACAGCUUGCCAGGAAGUGGUUCCAGCAGCGCGAAUAAUAGCUUGGGCCGAUCUUUGCGAAACGACUUGUUGGUAGCUGCUGACAGUGUUACUAAUGCCAUGUCAACACUCGUGAGGGAACUAAAUUCAGACUCAGACCAGGAGGAUCAUUCUCACAACUCUGGCCGAAUUAACAUCAGAAAGCCGUUAGACUUCGAGGCUGGUGAAGAUGGAGACGAUAGCAGCGGUGGCGGGAAUUCUUGGCGGGAAGAACUUCAACGUCGCUAUCAACAAGAAAAUGACUUUUUGGCGGAAUUGCGGGCGCGCAAUGUUAACAUGUCGCAAACACCGUCUGCAACUCCAUCCAGUGAACAAGAACAAGAGAGAGGAGAGAGAGAAGAAGCGGACGGAGAAAAAGAAGAGGAUAAUGAAUCCAAUUGGACAGAACCAGUGAAGAGAUGGGUCAAUCGAUAAAUUUAUUAAAUAGCAUUUAUAUGUACUUUAUAACAGCUUAGAACACUGCUACCAAAUGAAACGCUAAUAAUUUAUUGUAGCUCCGUGGGUUACUUAUGAUGGGCAUAUAUCUGGGUGUUAGUGUGAAGUAUAAUCGAUAUGACAUUAGAUUUUCGACACUAUCUAAUAAUUUCCAAAGAAGUACUUUUUAUCAAACGAAUCUCGUUAGUCCAGCACGCGAAAGUUAUGU